AUGGGCUAAAUAUUUAGGGCUGGCCCGUUAAAUCAAUUUUUCCUACGCCUCUUUGUUUCGAUCUCAAAGUAUCCAUGGUUUUUAUAGUAUAUGAUCCCAAAUUAAUGCUUCGACCUCCGCGUGAAGUGAGGCUGUUACAGAUCAAUUUAUGUAUGGCUGUAUUAGUUGAUUAUUGGUUUUGAUUACGCAGCAAUUGUUUAGGUGUUUCUCAGACAAACAUAUAAGUGAUCCGGAGGAGUGAAAGAGGGAAAAGGUAGAAUGAGAAUAGUCGGGCUAACGGGAGGCAUAGCGUCUGGGAAGAGUACAGUCUCCAACCUCUUCAAGGCUAAUGGCAUUCCCGUUGUUGACGCUGAUGUUGUUGCUCGAGAUGUAUUAAAGAAAGGAAGCGGUGGAUGGAAAAGAGUAGUUGCAGCUUUCGGGGAGGAGAUUCUGCUUCCUAGUAGAGAAGUGGAUCGACCAAAACUCGGUCAGAUUGUGUUCUCAUCUGAUUCCAAACGCCAACUUCUAAACAAGCAAGGAAUUGGGAAUCUCCCUUUUUGUUCAUUGUAUGAGAUCCCGAAAUUGUUGUUGUGUCUUUCUCGCUACAGGUUGAUGGCUCCGUACAUAUCAAGUGGUAUCUUCUGGGAAAUCCUGAAACAAUGGGCGAGUGGUGCUAAAGUGAUUGUUGUCGAUAUCCCUUUGUUGUUCGAGGUAAAGAUGGAUAAAUGGACCAAACCUAUUGUGGUUGUGUGGGUUAGUCAAGAAACACAACUUAAGAGACUAAUGGAGAGAGAUGGAUUGAGUGAGGAAGAUGCAAGAAAUAGAGUGAUGGCUCAGAUGCCGUUGGAUUCGAAAAGAAGCAAAGCUGAUGUUGUGAUCGAUAAUAAUGGCUCUCUCGAGGACCUCCACCAACAGUUCGACAAUGUUUUGUUUGAAUUUAGAAAACCCUUGACAUGGAUCGAGUUUUGGCGUUCAAGGCAAGGAGCCUUCUCGGUCCUUGGUUCAGUGAUUUUAGGAUUAUCUGUUUGCAAACACCUCAAAAUUGGCUUUAACGUUUUGAUUUUUUUCUGAUUUUUCGAUGGUACAAAGUCAUCACUUCUUCUGUUACUGUUAAAAAACUUCUUGUUAGAAU